UGUGAGAAUAACCUGCAGGAGAAAACCCAACAAUCAGGGAACUUGUCCUAUCAGAUAUUAAAAUAGAAGAUCAACAGUUUGGAACAGCAUUUGAGGAUCCACUCAACCUCCAAGGUGACACAUCUUGGAACAAUUCUGUCAAUGACCUUGCUUCUUACUUCACUGAGAAAAUGUCUGGUCUGAUGAGAAGCCCCCUCACCCCGCCCCGCCGACCCAUACUCCGUGGUGGAGACCACCUGGAUCGGCACUGAUCUCAUCUCCUCUCACCGAUCGUGGGGGAAUUCACACCCCAGCCUCCCUUGGAGCUGGCCAGAUGGAAGGGAUCCUAAGGAGGCCCUAACGGACAGCAGAGCCGAGGAUGGCAGGGGCCUGGACCCCUAAGCCGCCCCACUGAGGAAACCUGUCCUCCUGUGUACUGUGAUGUGAGUGAGAAACACGCUUUGUGAUGCUAAACCACUGAGAUGGGCGUUACAGCAGCUAAGGAGACACUCACUUUCCCACCUCCAGGAAGCCCUCUAUCUCUGAAAUGCCUUUUCUGUGGGUCCAGGACCACUAGCCAAUGCAUCCCUCUGAGAGCUUGGAUACAGCCUUGGGAUCAGCGGUCAAGCCUGGAAACGAUGUCCAAGGUGGAACGGGAAUGCAGGGCAGAGACAACAUGGUGAGGAAAAAGGGAACGUAGCAUGGAGGAUGGACUUGGUAUGCCGCUGGACGGGAUAAAAGGAUCUAUUGUUCGCGCGAGAGUAGACGGCGAGGUCGUGCGAGAGUAGAUGGCAAGUUCGAGCGAGAGUAGACGGCAAGUUCGCGCGAGAGUAGACGGCGAGUUAAUCACGCUUCUCAGUUCGUGGAGGCACGUCUUCCUCACAGGACUGUGAAGACCCCCUCGGAUGUUGCCUCGACCUACUAUCAGCCUCCGCCUGAAUUAGCAUCUUAGCACAGCAUCAAGCCCGAGCUCAGCCCCAGCCCCAGCCCGGGUCCAGCCACAGCCCAGGAUCCAGCAUGGCGAGGGACUUUCAGGACAUCCAGCAUCUGGGCUCUGAGGAGAACGACCACCAGUUUUGCAGAGGGACGCCUCCUCCCCAGCCCUUUGUCCUGCAGCGUCUCUGCUCCCAGCUCCGCCUCAGUCUGCUUGUCCUGGGCUUCAACAUCCUGCUGCUGGUGGCCGUCUGUGUGAUGGGGUCCCAAAGAUCACAGCUGCAAGUGGAGCUGCAGACUCUAAAGGAAACUUUCAGCAACUUCUCCUCGAGCACCUUGAUGGAGAUCCUGGCUCUAAGCUCCCAUGGAGGCAGCGCCGGUGACAAGGUGACAUCUCUGGAAGCCAAGCUGGAAAAACAGCAGCAAGACCUGAAAGCAGAUCAUGCCACUUUGCUGCUUCAUCUGAAGCACUUCCCGAUGGAUAUGCGCACGCUGGCUUGUCAGCUGGCGUUCCUCCAGAGCAACGGCACAGAGUGCUGCCCCGUGAACUGGGUGGACUAUGAAGGCAGCUGCUACUGGUUCUCUCGCUCAGGGAAGCCCUGGCCUGAGGCUGAGAAGUACUGCCAGCUGGAGGACGCCCACCUGGUGGUCAUCAACUCCAGAGAGGAACAGAAAUUCAUUGCACAACACACGAACCCCUUUCAAACCUGGAUAGGCCUCACUGACAGUGAUGGCUCCUGGAGAUGGGUGGAUGGUACAGACUAUAGGCACAACUAUAAGAACUGGGCUGCCACUCAGCCAGAUGACUGGCAGGGGCACGAGCUGGGGGGCAGCGAGGACUGUGCUGAGAUCCGGGGGGACGGCCGCUGGAACGACGAUUUCUGCCAGCAAGUGAAACGCUGGGUGUGUGAGAUAAAGCGGAACAUCACCAUCUAGAUGUCCUGACCUCUAGCAGACCUCUGACCUCCAGCAGACCUCUGACCUCCAGCAGACCUCUGACCUGCAUCCUGCCUGCCUCCAAGUCCUCCACUGGGCAUUUUGAAGAAAGGAAGAAGAGAGUCCUCAGAGGCGUGGGGAGGGGUUGAGGAGAGAUAGAAGGGGGUGGUUGAAGAAGCUCAGACCUUGGGGAGACUGAGAUCCCGCCUCCUUCUGAAAGUCACUGUAAUUACUAUUAUAAUUUUUGGCCUCCUCAGUGGAUUAGGAAAAGGACAGAUACUUGAAAC